UUUGUGACAGCAGAAUUAAUUUUCAUAGUUUUUUCUCUUUUUGUGUCUUCUUAAAUCUUACUCCACAAAAGUAUCAAAAAAAAUAAAAAAUCUUACUCCACAAAACCACAUGGCAGAUCAACCACAUGCAAAAAUAGAAACAAACAUACCCACCACAAUUCCUUAACACAGCUUUUUUAAGCUCCCAAACAAUGAAUCCAAUUUUGAUUCUUCUCAUGUUGUUCUUUCUCAUCACAGUCACAGAAACAUCAAACUCAACAACAAAAACAACAUCAAACUCAACAACAUGUCCUGUGUCUUUGAAUUAUGUCCAAACAGUCCCUUGGAAUUCUUCACUAUGUCAUAACUUCAAACCUUUACAAUCCAAAACAGAAACACAACAAACUCUUUGUUGUCAAGCUCUUUUAUCUCUCUUUGGUAUAGCACUUGCUGAAUAUCUUAACAAAAACUCACUUUUCCAUUUCCAUAACAUACCUAUCUCAGAAGCUUGUUUACAUAAUUACCAAACUAGCCUCACUUCACUUUCACUUCCUAACAAUCUUGUUUCUUCAUGUUUUGAUCCAUCUCAGUUUGUUUCAACUCCUAAUACAUGUGCUCAAAUUCAAACUAAACAAGAUUGGCUUAACAAAGUUGAUUCUAAAGAUUUAAAUGUUCUUGAUACUGUUUGUGAACCAGAUUUAACAGAUCCUCAUCGUUGUCAGGUUUGUCAAAAUCAAGGUUUUAAGGUUCAACAGAUGCUGACUCAGAUUGAUGGUAAUAGUUCACAUUCUCAAGAUUGUUUUUACUUUACAAUACUUUAUAUUGCUGGAAUUGUGAAUAAACUUGGUCCUGAGAGUGAAGGUGUUUUGGCUUGUAUUCUUAUUUUGUUAGUUAAUACAAAAGGGAAUGAUUCUAAGAAGAAACAUCAUCAUGCUCUUGUUAUUGGAUUGGUUGUAGCUUCAAUUGUGUUUGUGUGUUUUUUGAUAGGGUUGUUGUAUUUUUGGUAUAUUUGGUGGGUGAAGAAAGGAAAGAAUGAAAAUUUAUUAUCUGAUAAUAGUGGCGGUUCACAUGUACCAAGUUUUAGUUUAAGGGUUAGACCGAAAAGUGGGUUGAUUUGGUUUGAGUUUAAGGAUCUUGUGAAGGUUACUGACAAUUUUUCGGCCGAGAAUUUCAUUGGAAGAGGCGGGUUUGGUUCGGUUUACAAGGGGGUUUUACCGGAUGGGACGAUUGUUGCGGUUAAAAAGAUUGAAGAGUCGGAUUAUCAAGGUGAUGUUGAGUUUUAUAGAGAGGUGGGGAUUGUUAGUAGUUUGAAGCAUCGUAAUUUGGUGCCGCUAAGAGGGUGUUGUGUGGUUGGUGAGGAUGUUAAUCCUGAGUUCAUUGGAAAGUAUCUGGUUUAUGAGUAUAUGCCGAAUGGUAAUCUUAAAGAUCAUCUUUUUCCGGACACGGAGAACCAAAAUGUGAAGCAACCUUUGACUUGGUCUCAAAGAAAAAACAUAAUCUUGGAUGUGGCGAACGCGCUGGUUUAUUUGCAUUAUGGAGUUAAACCACCUGUCUAUCACAGAGAUAUCAAAGCUACCAAUAUACUACUUGAUGCAGGUAUGAGAGCAAGGGUUGCAGAUUUCGGGCUGGCGAAGCAGGACUACAGUCAAAAUAUGUCUCAGCUAAAUACGAGAGUAGCUGGAACUCGCGGAUACCUAGCUCCGGAAUACGCACUUUAUGGUCAGUUAACUGAGAAGAGUGAUGUCUAUAGCUUUGGUGUGGUUGUUCUUGAGAUUAUGUGUGGAAAAAAGGCUCUUCAGUUGUCUUCGUCCGGAGAGCCUAAUUUCUUGAUCACAGAUUGGGUUUGGUCAUUAAUGAAAUCUGGAAAAAUGGAUAAGGCUUUGGAUGUCUCUAUCUCAAUGGAUGGAAAUUCCACAAAAAGCAUAAUGGAGAGAUUUUUAGUGGUUGGAAUUUUGUGCUGUCAUGUAGUGGUUGCUUUACGGCCCACAAUUUUGGAUGCUUUGAAGAUGUUAGAAGGAGACAUUGAGGUUCCAUCAAUUCCAGAUAGGCCAAUGAAUCUACGGAAUCGCAUGUUUGCCAAUGGUGAUUCAGCUUAAUAGUGAAAUCACCUUAUGGUUUUGUAACAGUUAAGAACAGAAAAGACCUUUUCUGGGACUUCAUUGAGAUUUUAAGGAAUGCUAAGAAGGACUUCAUUUUGAUCGAGUUUAUUACGAGUCAAGCAUUUGAAGUCUAGGGAUGCCCUUUCUGGUAGUGAUCUUGGAACCAAAUUGAUUUAAAGAUUUUCAUGUUACUCUAGUUGAAGCUUCCAAAGAGUUAACACUUUUGGUACAAAACCUUUGUUUACCAAUUGGAGGAAAAUGGUUGGAUGAAUACAUGGAUGAAAGUUCAAGGCUUUGGGAUAUUUGUCAUGUACUCAAAUCUUCCAUUUCUGGAUUAGAGAACUAUUCUUCAGCUGGCUCGAAUAUAGCUACCUCGUUGGAUGGAUUCCAUCAUUUGACUCCUGAGGUUUCACAUCAGGUUAUUAGAGCAAUAAACAUUUGUCAAAGGGAGAUUCUAGGAUUGGAAGAGGAAAAUAAAAGCAUGGUGGAAACAAGAAUUCAGUCAUUGUCUCAAAGUCUAAACCAGAACAUCUCAUUGGAAUCCAAGCUAAACGAAUACAACGGCUUUCGAGGUGUUCUUUAUGCGAUGAGAAGAGUUAGUUCAUUACUCCUAAUGAUUUUGUUAAGUGGAGUUUCAUAUUGUUGGUCUUCAUCAUGCUUUGAUCAUCAAGAAUGUGAAGGCAACUUGGCUUGUGGAUCAAGUUUUAUGGUAUCAAUGGCAAGAUUGCAGCAAAAAGUAGCAAAUGAGAUAGAUAAUAGUAAUGUGGAGCCAGGGAUUUUGCUGCAUGAAUUCCAAGAAGCAAAAGUUGUUAUGGAGGAUUUGAAGAUGGAGUUGGAGAGAAUGGUAGUUUAUGAAGAAGAGUUUGAGAUUCAAGCAAAAGUUGAGAAGUUAAAAAGUUGCUUUGGAUUGUUGAAAUGUGGAGUUGAGAAUCUAAUAGGGAAAGUUGAUGAUUUCUUUGAUGAAAUUGUUGAAGGUAGGAAAAAGCUUUUGGACAUGUGCAGUGAUAAGUAGCUAUGUAAUUUGAUUAAGUAUUAUAUCAGUGAAAAAAUAGUUGAAAGGAAAAUUAAAUGUUUACAUGUAAUUUACUCAUCAACAUGUCGUUGUAGUAUAGUGGUAAGUAUUCCCGCCUGUCACGCGGGUGACCCGGGUUCGAUCCCCGGCAACGGCGAUUUUGUCAAUUUUUUUUUUGGGCCAGCUCUAUCUUUAAUUGAGUCCCACCCCCACCCCGUUAGUGGACGGUAAAAUUGGUCUUCCGAAUUAGUGGGUCUUUAGAUUGGAUACUAUAUUUAAAAAAGAAAAAAAGAAGAGAAUGUGAUUCUUGCUUUGGAGAAAAGCAAUGUUACUAUUGUCAUAGUUUGACCUU